GGAGCGGCAGCUGCAGCGGGAGCCGUCCGGGCUGCCGUACCCAGCCCACUAGCUCCGGCGAGGCGCGGAGCCCCCAGGAGGGCGGUUUGUCGGCCGGAGACCCUGGCACCUGUGGAGCGGCCCGGGGCCUCCGUGCGCACUAUGGGCCACCGGAGCGAAGGCGGACGAGUGGCACUGCACCGCGGCGCUGGCGGCGGGGGGAGCGCGGCCGCCUCCCCCGCACACGGCGUGGCAGCUCCCCUCCUCCUGUGAGCAGGUUCCGCUCCUCCACUCGCGGCGAUCCAGCCAGAAUAACAACAGGGCGCUCCCCCUCCCCCGCCUGUCUCCCCUCUCCGCGUUUCCUGCCCGCCGGCAGGCUCUGCUCCAGGGGGCAAGGAGGGGACAGAUCAGCAUGGCAUCUCCCGGGAGCAGCAGCCAGGAGGAGCCGCCGAGCUGGCCCUGGUGACCCCGGGGCAGCCGCAGCCGGAGCCCCUGCGCUGGAAACGGGAGAGCCGGACCGGUUUUGCUCGCUGCUGGGCUAGAGGCCGGAGAACUCCAGAGCCCCAGGACACCCGCCCCAGACGUGGAACUCUCCGUGGAUCUUGCGAGGCGUUUUCCGAGCUCGCCCCGCUGCGAAUAUCCCAGGAUCAUCGGUCGGUGCCCUUGAGCCAAGUGGGCGAAGCUCGCCAGGACAGGUGGCCGCCGUGCCCGGAACCGGCCCAUGGGGGCUCCGUGCGCGGCACAAGCGAGGCGGGGAGGCUGAGCAGGUGGAAGAGGCGGCGCUGCUUCCAGCCUCUGCCGGACAUCCGGAGCUAUGCCCUCUCCGGCGAGCCGGCGAGCCCGGGGCAGACGGGCAGUGCCCGCCCUCUCUUGCUAGCCGGGAGCAGGGAAGGGAUCGCUCUGGGCCCGUCUGCCAGUGGAUCUUUCCCGGCCAUCGGCUGAAGGCUGCUCCCUGCGCGCGGGCAGCGCUGCAGUCCCAUGGCCGUGCGGCUGGGUCCCGGCGCGGAGCUCGGUUAAUCUUGCCCCGCGCCCCGCUGCUGUGAACUGCCGGUGCGGAGAGCGGCGGGAGGCAGAGCGCGGCUGCGGCUCUCUGGCGCGUGGGACGUUAAGAUGGUGAGCUCUCCCCGGCCUAGAGCGGCUCCGCAGAGGCAAGGCCGGGCUGGGGGAGAGCAGCAUGGACAGCGCCGGGCGCCCAGGCAGCUUGUGAAGGAUGAGCUCCGGGGGCUCGCAGGACACGCAGCCCAGUGAAGACCCCGCCGGCAGCAGCAGCAGCGAGAGGGAGCGGAUCAGGUGCCGCAUGAAAAUGGUGAUCGGGCAGCUGGAGGGGAUCCUGCAGGAGCUCAAGGAGGUAGCCAAGGAGCUCCGGGAGGUAGUGAGCCAGAUUGACAAGCUGACGUCGGAUUUUGAGUUUGAUCUGGAGCCGGACGACUGGACCACAGCCACAGUGAGCAGUACAUCCAGCAGCGAGAAAGGGGGUGGCAUGUUUGACCUCAGCCAGCUGGAUUUCAUGACCUCGGACAUCCUCUCUGACAGCUGGGAGUUCUGCUCCUUCCUGGAGGUCUCCACCCCGUCUGACUCUGGGGACGGUUUGGAGCAGCAGCCAGGCCGCCAGCCAGACUACCGGCUGAUGAACGGCGGAGUGCUGACCCCUAAUGGACCCCGGGUGGAGACACCCGACUCUUCCAGUGAGGAGGCCUUCAGCUCCGGCCCCAACCUCAAAGCCCAGCAGCAGAGAACGCCGGGCAUGAGGGAGCGAGUCCGCUUCAGUGACAAGGUGCUCUACCAUGCCCUUUGUUGUGACGAUGACGAUGGGAACAGCCAAGAAGGUAUCAGCGGGGUGCCACUGCCCGAGGACCUUCCAGAAGAGCCCAUUGACGUGGGACACAAACCGCCAGCUCGGCCUGCUGCCAAUCCACCGCUGCUGCAGCGGCACUCUCCUCACCUGAGUGCCACUCAGCAACAGAAACUGAUGAGGAACAGCAGCACACAGACCGUGUCGGACAAAAGCACCCAGACAGUGCUUCCCUAUGUAUCGGCCAAGCAGAAAAUCAAAGGCAAAAACUGAG